UUUCUGCUUUUUUGCCUCACAGAUAUUUGGUGAUAAUGAAGAAUACUUCCUGAUCCAGCAACCUCUUCAGACUGACUAGCAUUCGACAGGACUCUGAAUCCAAACCAGCUUCACUUUAUUUAUUUUGCUGAACGUUGCUGGCUCCAAGCUCAUCAAGUCCAACCAAACGAGACAGAAAGACGUUCCUUUACCCCUGACCAAUUUGACUUAUCAAAUGCCCAAAAACAGCAAGGCCGUCAAGAGAGAGCUUGACGACGAUGUCACGGAGUCUGUCAAAGACCUGCUUUCCAAUGAGGACGCUUGUGAGGAUUCCUUCAAGAAGCCAUCACUGGUCAUCAACAACCAUGAUGCGGGUGGGAAGGAGUGCGAUGCCGAGGAGGGGGCCUCUGAUGGUGAGGAGGAGGAGCGCCCGGCCUGGAACAGCAAGCUCCAGUACAUCCUGGCCCAGGUGGGCUUCUCUGUAGGCCUUGGCAACGUUUGGAGGUUCCCUUACCUGUGCCAGAAGAACGGAGGGGGAGCGUAUCUAGUGCCCUACCUCAUCCUGCUCAUACUGAUCGGGAUCCCGCUCUUCUUCCUGGAGCUUGCUGUGGGCCAGCGGAUCCGCAGGGGCAGCAUUGGGGUAUGGAACUACAUCAGCCCCCGCCUUGGGGGCAUUGGCUUCGCCAGCUGUGUGGUAUGCUUUUUCGUAGCACUUUACUACAACGUCAUCAUCAGCUGGAGCCUCUUCUACUUUUCUCAGUCCUUCCAGCAGCCUCUACCCUGGCAUGAAUGUCCCCUUGUCAAGAACAAGACCAACAUGUAUGUGGUUCCAGAGUGUGAGAAGAGUUCUGCUACCACCUACUACUGGUACCGCGAGGCUCUCAACAUCUCAGACAGUAUCUCUGAAGGAGGAGGACUCAACUGGAAGAUGACACUGUGCCUCCUGGCUGCCUGGCUCAUGGUUUGCCUCGCCAUGAUCAAGGGAAUCCAGUCCUCUGGGAAGGUGAUGUACUUCAGUUCCCUGUUCCCCUAUGUGGUCCUAAUCUGCUUCUUGGUCCGGGCUCUGCUCCUGAAAGGGUCAGUGGAUGGGAUUCGGCAUAUGUUCACCCCGAAGCUGGAGAUCAUGUUGGAGGCCAAAGUGUGGCGAGAGGCGGCCACACAGGUUUUCUUCGCACUCGGCCUUGGUUUUGGUGGCGUCAUCGCCUUUUCCAGCUACAACAAGCGUGACAAUAACUGCCACUUUGAUGCUGUCUUGGUGUCUUUCAUUAACUUCUUCACCUCAGUACUGGCCACUCUGGUGGUCUUUGCUGUUCUGGGCUUUAAAGCAAACAUCAUGAAUGACAAAUGCAUUGCUCUGAACACCAAUAGGAUCGUGGACUUGUUGGGGAAUGGCCUGGAACCAAGCCUCAUCCCCCACCAUAUCAACCUGACUCAGAGCAGUCAGGUCAGUGCAGAGGACUACCAUAAGAUGAUCAGCAUCAUCAAGGAUGUGAAGGAGAAUGAGUAUGACAAACUGGGACUGGACUCCUGCAGUAUUGAAGACGAACUCAAUAAGGCUGUCCAAGGCACGGGCCUGGCCUUCAUCGCCUUCACUGAGGCCAUGACGCACUUCCCGGCUUCGCCCUUCUGGUCUGUCAUGUUCUUCCUCAUGUUGGUCAACCUCGGCCUCGGCAGCAUGUUUGGCACCAUUGAGGGCAUCCUCACUCCGCUGAUAGACACCUUCAAAGUUCGCAAGGAGUUUCUGACAGUCGGAUGCUGCCUGCUGGCCUUCUCUAUCGGUCUCCUGUUUGUUCAACGCUCAGGGAACUAUUUUGUGACCAUGUUCGACGACUACUCGGCCACCUUGCCCCUGCUCAUCGUGGUCAUACUGGAAAACGUGGCCAUCGCUUGGUUCUACGGGAUCGACAAGUUCUUUGAAGACCUGAAGGACAUGCUGGGCUUCACGCCGUGCCGUUUCUACUACUACAUGUGGAAGUACAUCACGCCCAUCCUGCUGCUGGUGCUCCUGUGCGCCAGCUUCAUCCAGUUGGCCAUGACGCCGCCCAGCUACAGCGCCUGGAUACAGGAAGAGGCAGUGGAGAAGUCUCUGCGCUUCCCCACGUGGGGCAUCGUGGUCUGCAUCUCCCUGGUGGUGAUGGCCGUCCUGCCUGUGCCCGCGGUCUUUGGCCUGCGCUACUUCAACAUCAUCGAGGAUAACGGCGGCGGCCACUCUGCCGUCUCCUACAAAAAGGGCCGCAUCAUCAAAGAGUGCGCCCUGCCCGGUGAGGACGACGACGCCAGCCUCAUCCAGGGCAAGUCUCCCAGCGAGGCACCCUCACCGAUGCCCGGCAACGCCAUCUACCGUAAGCCCAGCGGCGGCGGGCCGACAGACACGGACACGGCUCCCAACGGCCGCUACGGGAUCGGGUACUUAAUGGCCGACGUGCCAGACAUGCCCGAGUCGGAUUUAUAGACCCCCCCCAACUCA